AUGGAAAAUCAUAUCACACCAGAAUACUCCGAUGAGCUUCUCCGAUAUAUCAAUGAAGUUUACACGCAAGACAUCGCUCAUUACUUCCCUAAGCUCAGACUGGAGAAACUGAUAGAUCUCUUGGAGCAUGCUGAAUAUCUUUUUGAAUCUUAUCGGAAUGCGCUAAAAGCUAAUCAGCGGGGUGAGUCGUUGCUGGCAUUCGUUGUGGGCUGCUUUUAUAUUUACCUGAUCAUUCCCUCGUCUAUCCAGUUCAACUCACGGGAUAAAUCGUAUGGGAUCUACGCUGAGCUCAAAAAGUACUACAAUGAUGAGACACAUAUGCUCAACGUUUUGUUGAUGGUUACUCGAGUCGUGGAGUCUGUGAACAAGCAGGUGGAAGAAUCUGCCAUAAUAGUACGGAAAAGGGCGUAUUCGGUACCUCACGCGCAUCGGGUGUUGACAAAAGAGAUGGAGUCAAUGACUCUUUCAGACAAUUGUUCGAAAAGUGGCCCUACUCUGGACAACGAACUGGAUAACGAUUCCAUAAUGUGGACCGCUCCAAACUUAAACCCUAAUGAUCAUCUCAAAGUAAGCUUGGCUCCUUUGCCUUCUUCUACUACCCUAGCCUCUGACAACGGUAAAGUAUUGGACCAAGCAAUCGAUAUUCUAUCAGUUGAACGCGCUGAUAAACAUUCCACAGUCUCUGCAGACUCUCAAAUCCGAAGGGGCUCAGCUCCAGCGAAUACCGAGCAUAAACUAGAUCUUAAAACUAAUUCGGAGUUCAAAGACAUCCAUUCUCAAGAUGUUGAUAGGUAUCAGACUCACAGGAAAGAUUCUUAUCAUUCAGUCUAUAUGAUGAAUGACGAACACGAUAGCUUCAACUUUAACUUGGCAAGGUUACAAAAACAGUCCGUCAUCGGCUGUGAACAACUUUUCAAAAUUUUGGCCGGUGAUGAAAAUCACAAAGUGCUAAUCGUUGACUUGAGAUACGCGAAGCGUUUCCAGUCGAGCAGGAUUGUGGCUACAAAUAUUGUUAACUUGGAUCCUAGAGUACUCUGGGAUCAUGAGAAGAACAUUCCAAUCGAAAGUAAUACUCCAAUUGCUCAGCAUUUUACCAAAAGUCUUUUGAACAAGCUUCCAACAUUUAAGCACAUAAUCUACUACACAGACAUGAAAACAUUGAUGGGCUUGGCAUUCGACUAUCAAUUUAUAUUCUUUCAAUUGUUUUACACGUCUAGUUGGAAGCUGAACUGCGUUCCUGAGAUACUUUUGGGGGGCUAUGAGCAAUGGAAGAGAUUUGUUACUAAAAUGGCCCAAAAUCGGCAAAUUGAAAAAGAAGCAUUUUUGUUCAGAGAAUCAAGCAAAGGUGUUCAAAAAGAGAAAUCCCACACCAUUAGUGAUUUAAAAAGAAUUCCUUUACCUCCCUCUGCUCCUCCUCCGCCCGUUCCUUCUGAGUGUGAGAAUGUGAGGCAGGAAGUAUCCUACAACCGGGCUCCUUAUCCUUUACCCGAUGAAGCAAGCGAACUUUGGAAAGCAAACAAUGCAUAUCAACCGCCUACUUCUGAAGGUAACUUACGGGCACAUCAUCAGACAGUUCUUCGCCAAGCCAAUAGUUUCGCACAUUUUCGGGUUCCCACUAUUGAGGAUAGCCCUAAUGAGUACGUAGCUCUAUCUGUUACUGGACUCCGAAAUCCUGGCAAUACCUGUUAUAUCAACGCCAUGAUGCAGUGUUUGUUUGCUACCACGGCAUUCAAAGGGUUGUUCCUUUCAAGUCAAUAUGAAGGGUACUUCUCCGAUAAUUAUAAGAACCCUAAUCAACUCUCGAAAUAUUUCCACCUUCUUUUCAAAAAAAUGUAUCUGAACGGAGGAUGCUCCGUAGUUCCAACUGGUUUUUUGAAGGCAUGUAAUUCUCUUCGUCCUGACCUCAAAAUACCUUCGGAUCAGCAAGAUACGCAGGAGUUUCUUUUGUUCCUUCUCAGCCAGCUACACGAUGAGCUUUCUGAGCCUAACCAUGUUGCCAGUGACUAUCCCGAACUCCUACUUCAUGAUGACGAGAAGCUAGCAGUGGACAUGAAGGAAUACGAUAAAUGGUUUGAGAGGCAUAUUUCUAAGAACGGUAUAUCUCCGAUUGACAAAAUCUACCAAGGCCAGAUUGAAAAUGCUCUGUACUGUGAGCGCUGUGGACAUUCCUCUUAUAAUUACUCUGUUUUUUAUGUUCUUUCGUUGGCGAUCCCUAGCACAUCUUCGCCCUUUGGUCAAAAGAAGAAAGUAAGACUUGAAGACUGUAUCAAUCUUUACACCAGUGAUGAGCAACUCACAAAUGAAAAUGCAUGGGACUGCCCUAAAUGCGGGUCUGCUGCCUCUGGGCAAGGCCCCGACGAUGAUAAAAGAAAGAAACGAUUCCUUUUAAACCCAGACGGGCACACAAGAAGUAGCAGGAGCAAGCUCUUCAAUUUAAGAUCUAAAUCCCGAAGUAGAUCAGCGUCCCCAUUUGGGAAAGCAACAGCGCAGCACUCAAACCCCAAAGACUGGAAGCAGAAGAAACUAACCAGCAUAAAGACUAUCAAUUUUAUUUCAUUGCCGUCUGUUCUCACCAUCCAUCUGUCGAGGUUUUUUUACGACCUCACCAAGAAAAACAAUAAAGUCGUAACUUACCCUUUAACUUUGAGCAUUGUUUUGAAAAAUGACGAGGUUGUUAAUUAUCGACUAUUUGCAUUGGUAAACCAUUUUGGGAACCUAAUUAGUGGUCACUAUACAUCUUUGGUAAACAAGGAUUUGAGACAUGAGCUUCACGGAGAUCAUCAGAAAUGGUAUUAUUUUGACGACGAGGUUGUCAAGAGAGAUAAAAACCAUGGAGAUAUUGAUGCUGGCAUCACGAGCGUCUCUAGUAGCGAUGUCUAUGUAUUGUUCUAUGAAAGGAUACGGAACUAG